GUUAGAGAGAGAGAUGGGAGAGGGAAUCUAGUUGCCCGGCAAGGCCGCGUGUACUGUCUGUCUGGUUCACGAAAUUACAGUUCGUUCGGUACUCGUUUAACUUGUUCAUCUACGCCUUCUCUCUCUCUCUCUCUCUCCCUCUCUCUCUACACACACACACACACACUGUCUACGUUUAAUCGGAGAUUCUUGGAUUCGACAACUGAGAAGUCCGAUCCGAUCGCUGCUUUUCCUGCGAAAUUCCCAAUCGUCGCUCUCUUUCCUUCCCUGUUUGACUUCAAAUUUGUGAUUUUCUUAACACGAAUUUUUAGUGGACCUUGGAAUUGACUUCAUUGACGAGGGUGUUGUGAAGCUUUUGGAGGAGCGAUGAGUCAGGUUUUCGAAGGAUAUGAGCGCCAGUACUGCGAGCUUUCUGCCAAUUUAUCCAGAAAAUGUAACUCUGCUGGUCUUCUUCCUGAUGGAGCAGAGGAAAAGAUGCAAAAGAUUUCUGAAAUAAAAACUGGAGUGGAUGAAGCUGAUGUUUUGAUAAGAAAAAUGGAUCUUGAGGCAAGAAGUUUGCAGCCAAGUUUGAAGGCUGUCCUGCUUGCCAAGCUAAGGGAAUACAAGGCUGAUCUAAAUAAGGUUAAAAGGGAAGUUAAGAAAAUCUCAUCAAAUGAUGCUAAUCAGGUCCGUGAGGAGUUGUUGAAGUCUGGAAUUGCAGAUGCACAUGUGAUUUCUGUGGAUCAAAGAGAAAGAUUGGCAAUGUCAACCGAGAGACUAAAUCAGUCAAGCGACAGGAUCAAGGAGAGUAGAAGAACUACUCUGGAGACAGAAGAGCUUGGUGUCUCCAUCCUUCAAGAUUUGCACAAUCAACGUGAAACUCUCCUGCAUUCCCAUAAGAAGCUUCAUGGGAUUGACGAUGCCAUUGACAAAAGCAAAAAGGUCUUAACUUCCAUGUCUAGUUUCUCAUCAUUGAUUGUCAUGGAAUGAUGAAUUGGGAUUCGAAUUGUGCUCUUUGUUCUUUUCAUGUACAUAUCGUUCUCAAUCAACUACAUGACACAUGCUUUUUUAUGUAUUUAUAAUGUUUUCACAAUGGAUCUGGUAUGUUUUGGUGCUUCACCAUUAUAUUGAGUGUAUUGUAAACUUAUUAAUCACACUUUUGAGUUGGUCAUAUUCUUCUAUAUAGACGGGUGUGCUUGGAUGUUUCAUUUAA